AUGGAUGCCAAGCUGAUCAAUGGAUCUGAUCCAGACAAAAUGGAGGAAAUUUUGAAUAGAAAAGGCUAUACUUUGGAAACUACAGUUGGUCAAACGAAAUAUGGUGGUCUUUGUCCCGUAUGGAACGACCGUGCAACUGGACCAGCUGGGCAAGGACAUGAAGUUGAAAUCGACCAUAUUCCACACGAACUGUUCGACGACAAACUCUAG